GUUGACAGCUGCCUUAACGGUGAGUGUCUCGGCGUCUCUCUGGUGUAUAGGCUGACUACAGCAGGGGGAGAGUCAAUUGACAACAUACAGUGAUAAAGGUGAUAAACAAUAUUCUAUGCUGUAGUUGAGGACACAAACUUAAAAAACAGCUUAAGUACAACCAGCUGGAAUACGUUUUUAUAUAAAGUUUUUAAUCAGAUACCCACUUAGUGCAGAAACCAAUGAUGAGCCACAUACGCAAACUGGCCAAUCCAGCAGGAGAACGAAACAAGCAACCGAUAUUAGAAGUUUUAAGCAAAUUCCUCGACAAAACUCAACCAGGCAAAAAAUUGUUGGAAAUUUCUUCGGGAGUAGGUCUACACACCGCAUUCUUUGCACCACAUUUUCCGAACAUAGUUUUUCAACCGUCCGAGUAUGAUACCUCGCUUUUUGGAAGUAUCGACGCUUACAGAAUGGAAGCUAACGUGCCAAAUUUACAGUCACCUAUUGCCAUCGAUAUUUCUCGACCCUGCACUGAUUGGGAUAAUGAUCAUAACGUGAACUUCAACUCAUCGGCCGAAAGCUUCGACUACAUGCUAAACAUCAAUAUGAUGCACAUUUCCCCUUUCGAAUGCAGCGAGGGUCUAUUUUGGAAUGCUUCGCGGUUGCUGAAGAAAGGCGGUUUGCUCAUAACUUAUGGACCUUAUGCGGUCGAUGGAAAACUAACACCCGAAAGUAAUGUUCAGUUCGACAUUUCUCUGAAGCAACGGAAUCCUUUGUGGGGUAUUCGUGAUAUAAGCGCGUUGAAAAAGAUUUCUAGCGCUAAUGGAAUCGCUUCGAAACAAAUUUUUGAUCUGCCAGCUAAUAAUAAAUGUUUAAUUUGGGAAAAAGUGGCUGACGGGAGUGUAAUUGAAUAAAACAACUAAUAAUUUUCUUGCAUGACUUUGUUUUCAUGCUGUCCUAUCGAAACAAACGAUUUGUUAUAAUUUCUUACACUGGUCGACACAGGUGUGGCCCUAAAAAUCAAACUAAAAAAAAUGAAAGGUUAUAGCUUUUUAACCAUUCGUGUGAAUUUUGGUGCCCAUAACCAGCAACAUUUUUUUCAGAGACCUCAAUAAGUUUUUUCGUAUACACCAAAGUCGCUUUUCACGCGGGGGAUACGUGCCGCGUAAAAAAAACACGUAAAUUCCGGAAUCCGCGUAAAAAAACCGCGUACAUUCCGGAAUCUGCGCAAUAAAAAGCAAUUACUAUGUGCCACUUUGAUACAGUGACUAGAGGCACCAAAUUUUGCAGGAACGGUUAAAAAGCAGUAAUCUUUCUAGGGCAACUAUUUUGAAAAAUAAAUUUCUUAUUGGGCGUCUUAGCAGAAUGGAAUUAAAUAUUGAGUAUAAGUUAAGUUUUCAUUUAAUUGUACUACAAAAGAUCGAAUACCCUCUUAUACCGUCCGCAGAUAUGUACGUAUUCCGGUUGCUACAUACAACCAGUACGGUCCACAUAAGCACAGCAUUUUGGUGUUUUAUCCGAUAUAAACUAAGGGAAGCUAUCCCUUUCCUUUUUUAUCCAAAUAAAGGAGCCGAGGUGGCUCGCUCGUGCUGUUCUGUUUAUUUGACUCA